CCUUUGAACCUGCAGCAAAAGAUACACACUGAACCGCUGUUCAACAUGACUCUCCUAUCCGGCUUUUAUGUCCUUUUGGGUCUUUACAGCUGUCAUUCUGCUACAGUGUUUGUGGGGAAGGACGAGGCUCAUGGGGUUUUGAUCCGGACCAAGCGGGCAAACUCAGGCUGGUUUGAGGAGUUAAAGAUGGGCAAUCUGGAGAGGGAGUGUCUGGAGGAGAAGUGUUCGUAUGAGGAGGCGCGGGAGGUGUUUGAACACACGGAGGCCACCAAUGAGUUCUGGAAGAUCUACGAUGUUAAAGAUCAAUGUGAAUCAAAUCCAUGUGAGAAUAAUGGGCUCUGCACGACCCAGAACGCAGAAUCCUACACGUGUCUGUGUUUGCCGGGCUUCAGUGGACGUAACUGUGAGCAGGCGAUUAAAGACGUUCCUGACUCCUGUCUGCAUGAUAACGGGCGCUGCGAACACUUCUGCAUGGAGGAGGACGCUCAGCGUAACUGUUCCUGUGCCGAUGGAUAUUUCUUAGGGUCAAAUGGUCAGAAGUGUCUGACACAUGAGGCUUUUCCGUGUGGGAAGGUUCCUCUUCUUCAGGGUGGAGGUGCUGCUAUGAGUGCUAAGGACGACGUGAGAUCUCGUAUCGUUGGUGGAGCUGAAUGUCCUAAAGGUCACUGUCCAUGGCAGGUGUUGCUAAAGUACGGUCAGAAGGGUUUCUGUGGAGGUGUGAUCUACAAACCCACCUGGAUCCUCACAGCCGCCCACUGUUUGGAAAAACUCAAUGUCAGGUUUCUCAAGAUAGUCGCAGGUGAGCAUGACAUCGAGGUGGAGGAAGGCACAGAGCAGGUCAUCCAGGUGGAGCAGAUGCUCAUGCACCCCGGCUACGAAUUUGAGACCUCAGACAACGACAUCGCUCUGCUGCGUCUGCAAAGGCCCAUCGUCUACAGCACCUAUGCCGUCCCCGUCUGCCUGCCGCUGCGAGACAUGGCCGAGCGCGAGCUGUGGGCCGUCAGCAAGCACACGGUGAGCGGCUGGGGCAAACGCAGCGAGGAUGGGCCCACGUCACGCUUCCUGCGCCGCCUGCAGGUGCCCCGCAUCCGCACGCAGGAGUGCAUUGAGAGCAGCAACGUGGCGCUCACCAGCAACAUGUUCUGUGCCGGUUACAUCGAGGGGAAGCAGGACUCGUGUAAAGGGGACAGCGGCGGGCCACUGGUGACCCGCUACAGGGACACCACCUUCCUGCUGGGCAUCGUGAGCUGGGGGAAAGGCUGCGCCCGACCAGGGUCCUACGGCAUUUACACCCGCGUCUCCAACUACCUGCAAUGGAUCCACGAACAGAUGGCCAAUUCUACAGCUGCAACACAAUGAAGCGUUAACGCACAGCGAAUCCUCUAUUUAUGUUUGAUCAUGUCUGAUUUUCUUCUGUGUGUUUGCUAUUUUUAUCCAUCAUUACCUCAUUCACAAAUAAAUAAUUCAGUAGUAUGUAAAUGAUUUAUGCUUAUUUGGUUUGUAUGUCUGUGUGUGCUUGCAUUUAAGAAAUUCUGUGGGAGAAUCCAGAUUCAAAUAGGAACCUGCACAAUAAGUUUUGUGCAAGGGUGAAAAAACUUCUCCAUGCAUAUUUCGCUCGUGUUCAAGCUGGUCAUGCGAAUUCACCGCAGUGACUGACAGAAAGCUGCUUGGUUUGAAAGUGACUUCUGUGUGAACUGUGCUGCAUACAUAUAAACAAUAGACCUUUUCUGACUGCAUAAUUGCAUUGAAAUUUCAUUAAUGUGACUGCACCUAAAGAGAGUGCAUGUGUGACCCUGUUCCCACCUGCUAUUAAGAUGCAUUUUUGGUUAUCUCAAGUGGUCAGUGCUAAAUACAGGUGGAAAUGGGGUCAAAAUAUUUUGAGAAAUGAGUGAAAAAAUACAGUAGUUAAAAAUGCUUUGCAUUUCUGCAGGAAACACUAUCCGCCCUGAAUGAGCCGCCUAGUACUUUCCCACUCACUCAUAUAUACAUUGCAAAAAAUGGCUGAUCUUACUUAUUAUUUUUGUCUUGUUUCUAGUCAAAAUAUCUACAAAUUCUUAAAUUAAGAUGCAUUUACUAGAUAAGCAAAAUAUAUUUAGUCUUGUUUCCAGGGGAAAAACACUAAAUGAAGUGCAUUUUAAUAUGAAUAUGCAUCUUAAUUUAAGAAUUUGUAGAUAUUUUGACUAGAAACAAGACAAAAAUACUAAGCAAGAUAAGCCAUUUUUUGCAGUGAAUCUGUAAAGCGGCAGAUGUGCUUCGCUUUUCGUUCCACUGACUUCCAUUCAUGCAAAUACAGCAGACAGUAAACACAAGCUCAUGCAAAUUUCACAGCAUUCCAAAGUUCAGCUUCGGUGAACUCUGACCUGUGAAUUCAUAUCACUUGUAAGAUGCUGAGACCAAUAAAAGACUGUCAGGCCACGGUGUGACCUCUUUCAGUUGAAUAAAAAAAAAAACGCAAGCUUUAAGUCUGUAAGACUGCAGAGUUGCAGUAAAGUGGAGCAGAUUGCAUAUUUUUACAUUUUGGAUGUAAUAUAUCUUUAAUUCUGUUUACAAAAAAAAGGACACAGCAGAGUCUGACAUCAUGUUACGAUUAUUAUGCAGUAUUCGUACAAAUUUUGUGGACUCAAAGUCUACUGUGACUAUAAGGCUUAAGAUCGUGUUUGUGCAAAAAUGAUGAAGAAAUAAAAGAAGGAGGGUCUUUAAGAAAUCUUAUAACAGAGGUGAUGACCAAAGGAGACCGAUGUGUCUCAGCUGACCAAAUUUUGAUCAGAUCACCUAAAAUCCAACUAAUAACAGGUGAAAUCUGAUAUACCAGUAAAUUUCGACCUUGUGGGGACCUUUUUGGUCACAUGAGAAUUCAGAACGCAGCGGCUAGAAUGAUUAAAUCUGCAAAAAAACAUGAAUCGGUUACUCCAUUACUUGCACUCAAUUGGCUGCCGGUAAGGCUUAAAAUGAUUUGUAGGAUACUUAUUUUUGUUUUUAAGGCCCUUCACAAUUUAGCCCUGGGGUAUGUGUCAAGCAUGGUUUAUAGUCUAUACUCUAUACUCUAUGGUCUAUACUCCUUUGAGAUCUUUGAGGUCUGAAAAUCAACACCUCCUUUGUGUGACUAGGACAAAAUAUAAACACAGGGGACAUAGAGCUUUUUCUCGAGCCGGUCCAAAACUGUGGAAUAACCUUCCUCUUACUAUUAGAUCUGUUAAUUCAUUAUCGGUCUUUAAGGCUAUGUUAAAAGCACAUCUUUUAAAAACUAAUGAGGAGCUGUUGUAGAGCAGGUUUAGUUAUUUGAAAUGUGUUUAUGUUGUUAUGUAAUGUGUGUUGUCAUUUGUGAUUAUGGUUGUUUUUAUGUAAAUUAGCUGUGAUAUUGUGAAGCACUUUGGGCAACCUGGUGUUGUAUUAAAUUGUGCUAUAUAAAUAAACGAACAAGAACAUGAGGGAAAAAGCAUAUAAAUCAUACAGAAUGAAGUGUUUGAGAAUCUAAAAAUGCCUGUAGUUUUGUGUAACGAGCAGGUUUAGGGUAAGAGGACAGAAAAUACAGUUUGUACAGUACAAUAAAACCAUUACACCUAUGGAAUGAACCCAUGAAGCAUGUGUGUGUGUUUAUUGUAGAUGACCAACAUCGGUAAAAAACUAUUUUCUAAUAGCUCUGCUGAAAAAAAAACAAUAGACACCAUCACAAAAUUAGUAAUGGUUUUACUGGUUAUAAUGGGACUUGUAUUGGUUCUACUGGUAACUGUAAUGGACCCUGUUGGUCUCUGCUGGUAAUUGUUCGAUUUCUAUUGGUGGCUUGUUAAAACCAAUG